UCUGGUAUUUAUACGACGUCACUUCCUCCCUGCGUCCUCUUUUCACCGUUUGGUUAGAUCUCCAUACGGCGUUGUUUCGUGCUUUUCCAUAAAUCGUUGCGCAGGGAAAGUGGUCACGAUGUCCGGAGGUCUAGAUGUCCUUCAAAUGAAGGAAGAGGAUGUCCUUAAAUUCCUCGCAGCAUCCACCCAUCUGGGAGGUACCAACUUGGACUUCCAGAUGGACCAGUAUGUCUACAAAAGAAAAAGUGACGGUGUGUACAUUGUCAACCUGAAGAAGACCUGGGAGAAGCUUCUGCUCGCUGCCAGGGCUAUCGUUGCCAUUGAAAACCCGGCCGAUGUGUGCGUCAUCUCUUCCAGGAACACUGGACAGAGGGCCGUGCUUAAGUUUGCCUCUGCCACCGGCGCCACCACCUUCCACGGGCGCUUCACCCCCGGUACCUUCACCAAUCAGAUCCAGGCUGCUUUCAGGGAGCCCCGCCUCCUGCUCGUCACAGACCCCCGUGCCGACCAUCAGCCACUGACUGAGGCUUCCUACGUCAACAUCCCCACCAUCGCUCUGUGCAACACCGACUCCCCACUGAGAUACGUGGACAUCGCCAUCCCCUGUAACAACAAGGGUCACCACUCUGUUGGUCUGAUGUGGUGGAUGCUGUCCAGGGAGGUGCUCAGGAUGAGGGGAACCAUCUCCAGGGAGCACCCAUGGGAGGUCAUGCCCGAUCUGUACUUCUACAGAGAUCCAGAGGAGAUUGAGAAGGAGGAGCAAGCAGCGGCGGAGAAGGCUGUUGGAAAGGAGGAGUUCCAGGGCGAAUGGAGCGCUCCUGCAGCCGAGUUCACGCAGCCCGAGGUGGCCGACUGGUCCGAGGGAGUCGCUGUUCCAUCUGUGCCCAUCCAGCAGUUCCCAGCAGCUGCCGCGGCGGUCAAGCCAGGUGAGAAACAGGACUGGAGCACUCAGCCCGCCACAGAGGACUGGUCCACUGCUCCCACCGCUCAGGCUACUGAGUGGGGAGGUGCCACCGCUGACUGGUCUUAAACUGACUGUAGCAACAAUAAAAUGGUGUUUUCACACUUUGA